CCCUUUCGGAUAUCCGGUGUGCCGUCAAACCUGUCGCCUAACGACAAAUCAUUAGAAGAUCACUGACACACGUUUUAAUAUUACUAAGGCUAAAUUACUCAUCUUAAGAAAUACAAUUUUAAAAAUCGCUCUUUUUUUUCCAGAAAAUCGAUGCUGUCGUUAUCGGUCGUGCGGUCUGGAGUUCAGGGGUCACUCGUGAACAGCGCCGUGGAAGUAGACGGUUCUAAAAUCAACUGUUUAUUUACAAUGUUUAUCUUUACCGAUUUACUCACGAGCUACAUUAAAAACCGUUUACCCAGUUAAUAAAUCUGUGUACCUUUUCGCUAUCCUCUCUCUCUUCACGUCCAGAUUGAAACCUGACCAACGGCAAACUGAUAAGUUGUUAGCCAUCAAGACUUCUGCUAGUUUUCUGAUUAGGUGUUAUAAAGAGAAGCGUUUCAACCGCUGCUUAGACAAAUACAUACUGCCAAAAUGCAGGAAUUAAUCUCGUGUGUCGACCACAUCAAGUUUGAUCUGGAAAUCGCGGUAGAACAGCAGUUAGGCGCUCAGCCCUUGCCGUUCCCAGGAAUGGAUAAGUCUGGCGCAGCUGUGUGCGAGUUCUUCAUGAGGGCCGCCUGCAUGAAAGGUGGGAUGUGUCCCUUCAGACACAUCAGUGGAGAGAAGUCUGUGGUGUGCAAGCACUGGCUCAGAGGGUUAUGCAAGAAAGGAGACCAGUGUGAAUUUUUACACGAGUAUGACAUGACAAAGAUGCCUGAGUGUUAUUUCUACUCGAAAUUUGGGGAGUGCAGUAAUAAAGAGUGUCCAUUUUUGCACAUUGACCCAGAGUCUAAGAUUAAAGAUUGCCCGUGGUAUGAUAGGGGCUUUUGUAAGCAUGGUCCGGAUUGCAGGCACAGACACACAAGAAGAGUCAUCUGUGUAAAUUACCUUGUUGGCUUCUGCCCGGAGGGCAAGUCAUGCAAAUUUAUGCACCCAAGAUUUGAACUCCCCAUGGGUGCUACUGAACAGCCACCCCUACCACAACAGGCACAGUCUCAGCAAAAGCAAAACAUGCAGCCCCCAAACAGGUCAUCACAUUCACUCAUCCAGUUAACCCACACCAAUGUCAACAACAACCAGAGAAUGCCAAACGCUGUUGGGAUAGUGCACUCUAACAACAACAUGGGUGGACCUCGCGGUCCUCGUCCACUGGAUCAAGUUACGUGUUACAAGUGCGGUGAGAAGGGCCAUUACGCAAACAAAUGCUCAAAAGGACACCUGGCGUUUUUGAGUGGACAGUAAAGUUUUCUACAAAAAGCAUCUCCAAUAAAUGCGACUGUAACUUGCAAAGUGACAUACUUCAUUCCUGGUACCUUAAAGAAAUAGUUCCCCCAAAAAUGAAAAUUUGCUGAAAACUGACUCGCCUUCAGGCCAUCCAGGAUGUACGAGUUUGUUUCCUAAUCAGAACAGAUUUGGAGAAAUUUAGCAUUACAUCACUUGCUCACCAAAGGAUCCUCUGCAGCGGAUGGGUGCCGUCAGAAUGAGAGUCCAAACAGUUGAUAAAAACAUCACAAUAAUCCACAUGACUCCCAUCAGUUUUCAUAUUGCGAAGUGAAAGCUGCAUGUCAUUAACGCAGGUGGAUUAUUUUAAUGUUUUAUUAGUUGAUUGGACUCUCAUUUUGACAGCACCCAUUCACUGCAGAGGAUCCAUUGGUGAACAAGUGAUGUUAACUUUCUGUUCUAAUAAAGACACAAACUCAUCUACAUCUUAAAUGGCCUGAGGGUGAGUACAUUUUAAUUUUUGGGUGAACCCUUUCUUUAACGUUUCACUGCAGAAGCUAUAGUUGAGGGACAUAAACAUGGCUCUACCUCACUGUCCAUGUGCCAAGUGCAUCUCAGUAAGUACACAAUGAAAACGUAGAAUGAUCAACAACCACCGUUUUCAUGUAGAUUUUUGUUUUACUUUCACAUGAAACCUUAUAGUCUUUUGUAUUGGAGCAACAAGCAUCUUGAUUGCUUAAACUUUGAAGCAAUGCUGAAAUUAGAGCAAAGUAUAUGUUUUUAGAGAAAGUGUUGUCAGUUAGCAACCAAAAUUAUCGAGGCAGAAAGGACACCGCUUUGUAGUCCAUCAAGACACUUGUUUAUAUUAAAUGAAACUGAUUGCUGGGUUGUUGUACUUCUUACAAUAAAGAUUUACUGGAUUUAUGAAA